AUGAAUGUGUUUGAUACCACUGAUAAGCAACCUAAUGAGGGAUUCAAUAAACGCGCAGAAAUAUUUAAACUUAGUGCUACAGUGGAUAUGAUUGGACGGUUACACCUAGACAUGUUUCAUCAAGAAAGACUUUUGUUGAACAUGGUCGACAUGAAAAUUAAACUUAUCCGCAGCAAACCGGAAUUUUGCUUAUUGGGAGAAGGAAAUUUUAAAGUGUCGUUGGAACAUGCCUCACUAUUUGUAAGCAAAGUUCGAGUCAGUUCAGGUGUAAUUUUAGGGCAUGCAAAAAGUUUAGAAAAAGCGACAGCAAAAUAUCCUAUCAACCGAGUGCUUUGCAAAGUGUAUUCUAUUCCAUCAGGAAAUAUGAGUUUUGUCCAAGAUAGUAUUUUUACUGGUCAGAUGCCUAAACGCUUAAUUAUUGCUUGCGUUGAUAACGAUGCUUUCAAUGGAAACUAUAAAAAGUCUCCCUUUGAAUUUAAGCAUAACCAUAUCAAUUUUAUUGGCAUUUACGUAGAUGGGCAACCUGUGCCUCAUAAUCCUCUUCAACCUGAUUUUAUGAAUAAAACCUUCAUUCGUGCCUAUCAGAAUUUAUUUACCAAUGCUGAAAACCGGGGAUUGUAUCUUUCGAGAUCAGAAUAUCCAGAAGGAUAUUGUUUAUUUCUUUUCGAUCUAUCACCUGAUUUGUGUGAUGGGUCUCAUUUGAAUUUAGUGCGUCAUAGUAAUUUGAGACUGGAGGUAAAAUUUGGUUUUCCUCUGCCAAUAACAACAUCGUUAAUAGUCUAUGCAGAAUUUGAAAAUUUAAUAGAAAUCAAUAAAUCUAGAAAUAUCAUCUACGAUUUUGGUAACUAA